CGUGGAAAACAUUGUCGGGCUUACGUAAUGCUCGCCUCGCGAGAAAUUACGAACGGCUUUCGCCUGUCGCUGAUGCUGCCACACCCCCUCGCGCGCAUUCAUUCGAGUUGCUCCUUUUGCUAAACCAAUAAACAGAAUGGAAAGCCUUUCUUCGCGGCGAGCUAAGCAGUCGAGCUCGCUGGCUGCCCAGCCAGAUCGUAUGACGAGUCCAACUUCAUGGACGUCUCGCGCUAGUCUGUCGAUGCGCGAGGACUACUUAGUUCUAUAGUUAUAUAGGGGUGCCGUACGUGUGCACUACUUAGCUGCACCACUCCAAAGCUCGCGGAGCGAGCAGGUGGUUGUUUACUGAUAGCUGGAUCUCCGCAGCUCCAACAGCAUCUGCUCGAGCUCUUUCCAAUUUGAACCUGCCAUCAUCUCGUUUACUUUCGUAAUUUGGGGGAUGAAGGGAGGGAAGCUGGGCGCGGACAAUUUCGUCGAAAAAUGAUUUGUCGACUGGGCAAGCUUAUUCUUACAAUAAUGUCAAAAGGAAUAAUGCAAUUCUUCUGGGAUCCAGGCCUUUUGUUUUUGAAAUAUUUUCAGACAAGAAAUAAUAGAAAGGCAUAGUAAACAGAAAUCAAGAUGACCGAGUAUUGGCUGAUUUCUGCACCAGGUGAUAAGACCUGUCAGCAAACCUGGGAAACAAUGAACAAUCUGACAUCCAAACAGAACUCGCUCUCGCUAAACUACAAAUUUCACAUACCAGACCUGAAGGUCGGCACCUUAGAUCAGCUGGUAGGUCUUUCGGAUGACCUUGGUAAGCUCGACACAUAUGUCGAGCAAGUAACUCGUAAGGUGGCUACGUACCUGGGCGAGGUCUUGGAAGACCAGAGAGAUAAGCUGCAUGAAAACCUGAUGGCUAACAACAGUCAGACGUCAAUGGACGGUGAGGCCGAGAGUCCCGAGGGGGGUCCGGACACCCCGCCCAACACCCCCGUCACACCGUCGGCGUACAAGCCAUCGGGGAAGGAGCAGCAGAGGCGAUCGGAUUGGAGGGACGCGUCGGACAGGUCGGACACUCCCGAGCCGACAACCUGCUUAGGUCAGCAACAUCACCAACGCCAACAACAACACCAGCACAGCCACAGCCACCAUUCCCACCAGCAUCUGUCAGACGAGCAUCACCACAGCCAUCACCACCACCAUCAGCAAACGAGCCCGAGCCAAAGCCAUCGGCAUCAUCAUCAUCAUCAUCAUCAUCAUCAGCAUCAUCAGCAUCAUCAGCAUCAGCAUCAUCACUCUCAUCAUCAUCCGCAUCACCAUCAGCCGCAGCAGCACGAAAAGAAAUCAUCGUCGAGCUCGCAGGGCGCCUGCGAAGGCCGUCAUACAUCGAGCGACUCGAGCUCGAUGUACUCGUGCUAUCAGGCGCACUGGUGCGGCGCUUCCACCCCCUCGACGCCCUCCCCGAGGCACAGUCCGAGUCCCUGCAGUCCCUCGCCGCUCUCCUGUUCUCCCUCAUCGAGCUGUAGCAGCGACGAAGAUUUCGCAGUCGAGCUGGAGUCGAGUAGAGCAAAGCCAAGGCGCCGUCGACGCCGGCAGCGACGAGCUCGUCCGCCCCGGCCCCGGACUGCCAGCCCGCCGCAAGAGCUGAGUGGCCAAGAGCAAGAGCAAGACGACGAGCACCUUGACCAAGACCAAGACCAAGCCGCCGGCAAAUUGCCCAAUCCAGGUGACCUGCCAACGUACAUUACUCGAUUCCAAUGGGACAUGGCCAAAUAUCCAAUCAAGCAAUCUCUGAGAAACAUUGCGGACAUCAUCAGCAAGCAGGUCGGCCAAAUCGACGCUGAUCUGAAAACAAAAUCAACCACUUACAACAAUCUCAAGGGCAGCUUGCAAAAUCUCGAGAAGAAGCAAACCGGAAGUUUGCUGACCCGAAACCUUGCGGAUCUCGUGAAGAAGGAGCACUUCAUCCUGGACAGCGAGUACUUGACCACGCUGCUCGUCAUCGUGCCGAGGGCAAGCUUCCAUGAGUGGAACGCGAUGUACGAGAAGCUGACUGACAUGAUCGUGCCGCGCAGCUCGCAACUGAUCAACCAGGACCAGGAGUACGGCCUCUUUACUGUGACCCUCUUUAAGAAGGUCAUCGAGGAAUUCAAGCUGCACGCCCGCGAGAAAAAGUUCAUCGUUCGUGACUUCACUUACAACGAGGAGGAACUCGCUGCUGGUAAAAACGAAAUGACCAAGCUCGUUACCGAUAAGAAAAAGCAAUUCGGACCUCUGGUGCGGUGGUUGAAAGUCAAUUUUAGCGAAUGCUUCUGCGCCUGGAUUCACGUCAAGGCCCUGCGUGUGUUUGUCGAGUCGGUGCUUAGGUACGGACUGCCUGUCAAUUUCCAAGCGAUUCUGCUGCGCCCGCACAAGAAGAGCACCAAACGGCUACGGGAUGUUUUGAAUCAGCUGUACGCCCAUCUGGAUUCGUCGGCCACUGCUGGCGGAUCGCAGUCCGGCAAUCAAGAUAGCGUCGACAUACCCGGUCUGGGCUUCGGUCAAAGCGACUACUUUCCUUAUGUCUACUACAAAAUCAACGUGGACAUGGUCGACAAUAAAGUUUAAUUCGGUUUUGCGGAAUUCACUAUACACAUCUAGCGCACAUUCAACAUCUUGGCUCAUCCGAUUGCAUAUUUGUUAAUUGCUCUAGAUGCCUAAUAAGAUGCAUAUACCAACAAGCAACAACAAAAAAUGGUUCGAGAACUUCCUUCGUUCUUCUUCAUACCGACAAAUUUCUUAUUGGUACUCUUCCAAAUGUAUAACGGCGUCUCGAGUUCAAGAGCUGCUCCGUCAAACUUUAUUUUGUGCGAGUCUUUGUUAGAUAUCGAUAACAAUAUUUUUAUAGCGAUUUCCGAGGGAACUGUUCAACAAACAAAAAAAAAAAAAUGCUGAAUUCUCACGUGGUGCAUGAUGAAUUUCGAAUGAUAGAUCGGACUGGUGAAAAGAUUUCUCAAAAUCUCGGGUCUUUAAAUAUUUUAAUUUACUUUUUCCCCAUCGCUAUGAUUUCAGCGAUACUUUUAACAGUAGCAUUAUUCUGCAAUUGCUCGUAUCUUAGGCUUAUUUAUUUUCUCAAAUAGAUUCAUCUAUUAUUAUUAGCGGCUGUUUUGAGAUAUAUUUUCACCAGCAAACACAUACUACUUGUACAUAAGUUUAGUACGCAAGUUUUGCCAAAAAUAACUUGUACACCUCCUCCUUGUUUGAUUGCUGCGUGCACAUGUUUCAUCAAAGGCUCCACAUGUUUAUUUUAUGGCGAAAAAAAAUAUAUAAAAAUGUACAAUUUGUAACUAACGAUAAAACCCUUCAAUACUACGAUACGAUACUCUAAGUGUGCAAAGAAAGAUGUUGUUAAAAUCCGCUUGAAAUUGUAAUUUAGAAGCUUUCGAAUCACAAACUAUGGAAAAACCAUUUCUUUUUUUCGGGGAUCGUUGCAACGCCUGUUUUUAUGAUAUUUUAUUGCAACAGAUGACUCGUUCUCUUUUAUAGCUGUGUACAAAACAAAAGAGAUAUGAGGAUGGAGUUUUGAAGCCUUUUAAGAUAUUUCAUAAAGUAUUGAAAGAAGUAGAUUAGUUUUCGUUAAUUUAGGCAAUGUCCUGUAUUGUCCUGAUACUUGAUUACUGGCCAGGGGACACAAAAAUUGAACUAAAAUAAACAGAAUUUCGCAAACGAUAUUCAUCCAAAAUUAUACAUUCAUCUAAAUAUAAUAGAUAAAAACAAAAAGUAUUAUGCAAAGUGACAAUGAGGGUAUCUCGACCCCCAAUGUUUUGCUUGCAGGUUAAUUGUUAAUUCAAAUAAUAAAAUAUUUUUAAUUCGUUUAUUGCAAUUGUUUUAUCAUCUUUUACAAUUUUAAAUUUUGUAAAAGAAUUUUAAAAUUAACUAAAAAUCAUUUAGCAGAAAAUAAUCUGACAAAUGAUGUGCUUCUUAAUUUUUGUGAAUAUCGUUAUAAUUUAUGUAAUAAAUGAACAGAAGAAAAGAGAGUUACAAAGGCAAAUUGUUGUGAUUUGUAGAUAUAUUCAAGAAACGACAAUGUCGUCGUUUGCCCUUGAUAAAUUAUAUUAUACAUUGUAUAAUUAUAAAUAAAUAUCAUGUUCCGUUACUAUCACUGUUAAUAA